CCUUUGCUCUUUUCUCUUCCUCAUCCCAUCCCUGGGGCCUCCUCUCUUCCUCCAUCCAUCCAUCCCUCCCUCCUUCCCUCCCUCCCUCCUGCUGUAUGUCUUGGCUCCAAGCCCCAGCUCUCCGCUUUCCUUUGGAGUUUGGGGAGGAGAAAGAGGGAGAGAAGAAAGCAGAGAGGAAGAAGAGGCAAAGAAGGAGGCAGGCAAUCCAUCCCAGAGCCUUCUGCUGAUCCAGCUGUGCAGGCCUCAUGGAGAUGGAGCGCCCUGUCUACCUCUUCCUCUUCGUCCUCUCUCUGGUCGAGGACUCUGCUCCUAUUGAAGACAACAAGAUCCCCAGCCUGUGUGCCGGGCAUCCGGGCAUCCCAGGGACCCCUGGUCUCCAUGGCACGCAAGGACUCCCAGGAAGAGAUGGGCGAGACGGACGUGAUGGAGCUGCCGGGAUGCAAGGGGAAAGAGGCGAACCCGGGCAACCAGGUCCCUCCGGCCCCAGAGGAGAGCAAGGCAGUCCUGGCGUGAAUGGCGUACAGGGAGAGAAGGGGGCGCAAGGCGAAUGUGCAGUGGCCCCCCGCUCCGCCUUCAGUGCCAAACGCUCUGAGUCCCGCAGCCCUCCUUUGCCAGACCAGCCGAUCAUCUUUGACGUGGUCCUGAUCAACGAACAAAGCCACUACGACAGUGAGACGGGCAAGUUCAUCUGCGAGAUUCCAGGGCUCUACUACUUCGCUGUCCACGCCACCGUCUACCGCAUGAGCCUCCAGUUCGACAUCAUGAAGAAUGGCAAGUCGGUGGCCUCCUUCUUCCAGUUCUACGGCAACUGGCCCAAGCCGACCUCUCUUUCCGGAGGCGCCUUGGUUCGGCUGGAACCGGAGGACGAAGUCUGGGUCCAAGUCGGGGUUGGGGACUACACGGGCCUCUACUCCAGCGUGAAAACGGACAGCACCUUCACAGGGUUCUUGGUGUAUUCCUAUUGGCAAAACUCCCCCGUCUUCGCUUGAGCCCCACUUUGAAGGGGGUUCUGAUUUCGAAUCACUU